AUGGCUUCUGUGAGAGCAUCCUGCGCGUCGACUCUCUCCCAUGAAUAUCGCGGUCCUAUGCUUGCUCACGAAGACUACGCCGAUAUAACACUAGCCGACUUCCGCCAUCUAGUCGAUUACUUGAUCAGCUACCAAAACACGCAGAUUAGAGAAAGCGUCCCAGAUCGGCUCCACCACGCGCCAACAACCGUCCGCGGCGUGGAGAUCUGCUGCCACGGCGAAAUACAACUUCAUGGGUCAGAACCCUUCGUUUCCGUUGAUAUCACUCGCGCAAACAGGAUCUCUCUAGGCCGCGGAUCUAUCUCACCGAUAUCUGUCCGUCUCGGCAUGCCUAUACGGCUCUGGAAGGACCCGGACACGGGGUUCCUCUAUGACCCGCCAGGAUGGGAAGAGGGUAUAACGGCAGACAGUAACUACAAUGUUCCAUUUUUAAUGACUGAAACCGAUCCUUCCAAGUACGACUGGUGCUGGGCGCCAAUGUACUGGCAAAGCGAGAUAGGGAAUGUCUGGGCUGUGCGUGAAGAUCUGGCUGUGAAGGAUGUUGCGAUGAUGUGUCAUUUUGCGAGUUACGGACUACAGCGCAUGUUUGAGGAUGUGAUGGAAUCAAAUUCCUUGGUGAAUAAGCAGAGGGUUUUGGAUUUCAUUACUUGGGAUAAUAUGGUUGCUCAUUGGGAGGAGACUGGCAAGCAGGAGUCACUUGGUUCAGGGAGAAGACUGAUCUCUACUAAGGGACUCUGA